AUGAAACACCAAAUACGCCCAUUGCUGGCAUUACUGCUAGCUCUGACACUCUAUACAACUCUGGCCCUCGCAAAUACAGCGCAGGUACGGUUUGUCCCUGAAUUGUCGCGCUCACCAUUCUCAGACGCGUACUCAAAGGCGUUGAGUCCUAACGAGAACACUCUGACUGUGAUUACAACCCCCGACUUUGAGUCUCAGACGCAAACAUUCCAAUUGAACGGCUUGUCUACCGAUGGCACCAUGUACGAGGUUAGGGUGUGUUGGCCUGCAAAUUACCCCCUGGAAUUCGACCUGAAAUUCGACUCCAAGACGAACUCUGUGAAGGUGGCGUAUUUUUCUGAUUACUAUAGUAGUGACGACGAUCUCAACUACCUGCCUCUUGAUGCCGAGUUCCAAGUUGUGCUCAACAAGGUUGUUCUUGGAGCUCUUCCUGAGGAUAUUUUUGGAGCUGUCAUUCUGGCGGUCGUUGGAGGAGGGUUGGCUUAUUUUCUGGGUGGAGUCGUUUACAAGGUUGUUUUUGACAGCCAUGUGACUACUGAAAAGAAGAACAGAUAG